AUGGCGCCACAUCGAUGGCAUUGGCCACCUUCUGCCGGCAACGAGGCCUGUCUGUGCUACAUGCCCGUCCCGGACAGCAGUCUCACUGGAUUAGCAGCUACCCUGCGCUCUACGGGAAGUACAAGUCUGCAGGUCGAUGCAGAAAAGAGUUGGACAAGUUUGAUUUCUCCCUCGCUGCGGGAGAGGGCUACAAUGUCUUGUUCGAUGAGGCGGUGUCGCACCACUUCCUCGACUUUUUCUUCAUUUCCCCUGAUUCCAAAGUCCUCCUCGCGGUGCAUCCAUCUACGGAGCGCCAAAACCGGACAAGCACCAUACAGUUCAGAAGCUUGUCUCAAGAAGUGGGCAAGUCGCGGAGUUAGGAUCCUGCUCCUUCUCGACAGGCCCGGCACCUUGCAACAGUCAACCUCGUAG